CCGGCCUUGCUCUGGCGGCGGAGCUCGAGGGCGUGCCGGCUGCUGCACGUGGCGGAGCUACUGCUCCUGCUUUUUCGCUGCGUCGGCCGGCCUUCAGUGGCGGCGGCGACGGCCUUGCUCUGGCGACGGAGCUCAAGGGCGUGCCGACUGCUGCACGUGGCGGAGCUGCUGCUCCUGCUGUUCCGCCGUCGUCGGCCGGCCUUCAGUGGCGGCGGCUCGAGCUCCUGGGCAUGGCCAGCGGCUGCUCCAGUUGCUGGGCGCGGCGGCCGGAGCAGCACGCACCAGUUCUUCCUGCAGCCGCUUCGCCCACGUUCUAGAAAACCACCGUCCGCCAUGGCCGAUGAACCCAGUGCUCUUGAGCCCCUCGGCUUGCUCCCGCGGCACCAACAUGCUCCUGCUCUAGAAGAAUUGCCGACGCGUCCAGGGUGGGAGGGACUGCUCUCCAAUACGGACUCCAGGAGACAACUUCCAGUUCCAGUAGACCUAUCCGAUAGAAUUCUCGAAGCUAUUAGCCUGCAAGCUCUCAAUCAGACCAUGAAGAGAUGCAUCUCAGAGGACAAGCAAUGCCAUGUUUUCAUUACCAUAAAGGGAUGCGCUUUCAUCGUUGUUAGUUACCAGUCAUGCAUUGAGUCUACCAGCGCCAAUCAGCUACUCAUGGGAAAAGGGUCAAAUUUUAUUUCCUUUUUACAAUGUCAUGUAGCUAGGAUGGAUAAGAAAAAGCUUGAAUGAUGCAGUUGAUUAGAAUGUGGAGUGCAUAUUUGCUUUAA